AUGGUGACUGGGGACUGCCGAGUUGAUAUUCACAUGACCUGUCCCGUCCUUGGGGUGGUGAGUGCGUGCCGCGUGGUGACUGGCAGCUGUCUGUCUUCCUGCUCUUGGCUCGGUGAUGGCUUCACCUUUGUGUUUUCUCUUGUUACAGAUGGUCAGAAGAAAGUUCAAGAAGAAUUUGACAUUGACAUGGAUGCGCCAGAGACAGAACGCGCGGCCGUGGCCAUUCAGUCUCAGUUCAGAAAAUUCCAGAAGAAAAAGGCUGGGUCCCAGUCCUAGUGGGAGAGCCCCUUCCUAGUCUGCCAGAAGACACUGAAUUCAACCAUCAUCUGUCAAGAAAUUAAAAGAACAACACCCUAGAGAGAAUUCAUCUGCACACGAUACACACAUGCACACCUGUCCUGCAAUGCAUGUACAGAGACCCGUGAUAUUUAUUCCCUGAUAGGAAGGUGUAGACAGUGCAACUGUGAGUGGCUUAAUCUCUGUUUAUCUCUAGUAUCAUUCCUCCCACAACUAUUUUCCUUGAUGUAAUAAAAUGGAGUUAAGAUGCGUGA